AUGAGCGUUGAAGAUAGAGGAAGAAACGUACAGAUGGUUGGUCUGUUCAUGGUCAUUGUUGUCGUGCGCUGGCUGCGAGCCGGAGCGCCGCAGCCGCCAGAUGGCGUGGCGCGCCGCCACCAGCCGCGCGAAUCCGUGACGAGCCACUCUCGAGAGCGCUACGCGCGCAUUAUCACCCCGCGAUCAACAAGUCCGGUGCGAACACCGACCGUUCGCUCGGUACGAACUCCCAGACAAUGA